AUGAGCGGAGGAGGAACGCCGUACAUCGGUAGCAAAAUUAGCCUCAUUUCUAAGGCCGAGAUUCGCUAUGAAGGAAUUUUGUACACCAUAGAUACUGAAAACUCCACUGUAGCCCUAGCUAAAGUUCGAUCAUUCGGAACCGAAGACAGGCCUACGGAAAGGCCCAUUCCCCCUCGGGAUGAGGUGUAUGAUUAUAUCAUCUUCCGGGGAAGCGACAUUAAGGACCUGACGGUGUGCGAGCCCCCCAAGGCGACCAGCACUCUGCCUCAAGACCCGGCCAUAGUUCAGUCAUCCCUCGGAUCCAGCGGCAAUGCAGCAGGGCCGUCGUCGUCAUUCCAGUCUGCCAGCACGUACGCUCCCUUCAGCAGGGCCCCGGUGCAAACCUAUGGACAGUUUGGAGGCGCACCAAUGAGCACUCCGCAGUUUGGCGCACCCGGAGGGCGUACCAGUCCUCAAUUGGACACUCUAGCGAAGAGCUCCCCCCUGGAUCAGGCCACGCAGGCCCCCACCUCAGCCGCCCCGGCACCACCGGUCGGUCAGAGGAGUCAAGCGGCGGCCCCGGCACCCCGACCUGUCGGCGCGUCUGUCGGCAGCCAAAAGCCCCCAGACCUCCUGGAGCAGAGAAAGGCUCCAGAGGCACCAAAAGCGACUCAUGCGGAUCAUGGACAUACCGCAGUUGAAAACAGGGACCCCAACAGGCGUCAAGGAGGUGUGACAAAAUAACUCAAACGCGGACGCGGCCGGGGCAACCGCAGCCGGGGAAAGGUGAAUGUGCGUCGGGACGGUUUGAUGAAGUUUGAGGAGGAUUUUGACUUCGAGACAGCCAACGCUCAGUUCCAUAAGGACGACAUUGACAAGGAGCUGCAGACCAAGCUCAAGCUUAAAGACGACAAGGUAGAAAAGACACUGAAUGGUGAAGAAGCCGACUCGGAACAUCCAGGUGCGGAGGCGCCAGUGGAGGAAGAGGAGGCAGCGAUACCUCCCUGUUACUACGACAAGACCAAGUCCUUCUUUGACAACCUGUCCUGCAAUGACUCCAAUAAAUCACAUGAUGGAGGAUUCCCAAGAGAGCGAAGGUCAACCUGGGCGGAAGAACGGCGGAUGAACGCCGAGACAUUCGGCAUCCCGCUGAGGCACCACCGUGGUCGGGGAGGCUACCGCGGUAGCCGGGGCUACGCCGGACCCCGCGGCGGAGGACGGGGACGGCCGUCCAGCAGGGGCUCCUUCGGCCCGCCCCGAGGGGCACCGCCCGGCUUCCGGGGAGGCUUCAGGGGUGGGAGAGGAGGCCGCGAGUUCUCCGACUUUGAAUAUGCGAAGGACAACAAGGUGGCGGCGUAG